GACAGUUCGCGAAAACAAAAACAACAAUUUCGCCGUCGCGAAAGGAUUUUUUUUCCCGAAAGAAAGUUUUUCGCAGAAUUUCUCCCAGGAAAAUGGCAUUUUUCAUGCUACCGAACGUUGUGGAAUAUGCGUGCGUUUGUGGCCUGCUGAAUCCGCUGACAAAACUGUACUUUUGUCGCUAUUGCAUGAAGCUGCGAUGUGGAUUUUGCGUGUGUCAUGAGGUGGACUCGCAUUUCUGUUCCAACUGUCUGGAGAACAUUCCGUCGUCGGAAGCUAAAAUUCGGAAGAACCGAUGCAAUACGUGUUUCAACUGUCCCAGCUGUCAGCAUACGCUUUCGGUCAGGGCGUCGACGGCGAUCGUUCCGGCUCCGAGUGCGGAGGUGGUAAAGACAGAAGGGGAUGUCGGUGGGAAUGGAUCGAAGAAGGAGGGCACCCCGGAGCCUUCUGCUGGGAAGCCGAUUGCAAGGAAAAUGUACUAUCUGUCGUGUUUGAACUGCCGUUGGAGUUCGAGGGAUGUUGGCAUUCCGGAUCAAACCGUAGCCACGGGACAGUGGCCGGAACCGGAGUAUGCCAACGCUACGAGAUUUUCGUUGUUGCUGGAGCACUACCAGUCGGUUGUGCUGCACGAAAAGCAAGAGAAACAGGAGCUGUGGCGCCGGAAGACUCCCAAGCAGAGUAAAUUUCCCAGUCUGACGGAUCGCACCGGAUUGACCGUUGCGAUGAUCCGACGGCAAAUGGGAUGGGCUGAGAGUAAGGCACAAGUCAAAUCGACGCCCUCGCCGAUUAACAAGUCGGUUGCAACGGAGACGGUGGAGGAACUGCCGGCAGACAUCUUCACCAAGGAGCUGACGUUGAAAAAUAUAACCACGUUGCAGCAGCGCCUGUCGCAUCCCUCCAAGCAACCGUUCACCGUUAAUAAGCUGUUCCCACAGCACAAGUUGCUCUCGAUCAAGCGAUCAUUGCGCUGCCGCCAGUGCGAUCACAAUGUCAUCAAGUCGGAGUACAAUCCCAGCUCGAUCAAGUAUCGCAUCGCCAUGUUUGCGGCGUAUCACGUUCCGGAAGUCAGAAUCGUCCGGUGCGAGCCCCUGGUCAAGGGACAGGAUGCAUUCCUUACGCUGAAAAUUAUCAAUCCCACCAUAAACGAUAUGACCAUUACGAUCAUGGAUCUGCCGAUGGAGGCCGAGGAGAAGUUGAUGAUCGACGAACUCAAGCAGGCGGCGGAAAGCAGUGCUUCGUCUUCGCUGAUGAUUAGCGGGCUGAGCACUAGCCUAACCAAGCAGGCGUCGCUCGCCGAAGAUCCGAGAAUGGUAGAGGCGAAGGUGAACGGGACCUUCCGGCUGCCGGAUUCGUCGUUUGUCAUAAAUCACCGGGACGAUUCGGCCGAGUUCGACGAGGUGGUACAAUCCCAGCAGGAAGAUCCUAAGUUCAUCAUUUGGCGCAAAGCCAACCAAAUUGCAAUGAAGCUGGCCGUUCAACCGAACGAAGACUGCACUCCAGAGGACGAGAUUAUCGUCGGAUUUUCCCUGCAGUACACGUACGUGAACACCGUGGUAGAGAAGAGCAGCACCCCGACGAAGGGACCUCAAAAGCAGGCACUCACCACCAGAGUGUACGUCAAGCUGGGAAUGCUAUCGGAUGCCGUUUCGACGACAGCUUAGGACCUCUUCUAUAUCAGUUAACCUCAAAAGCACACUGCAUUAUUUAUCUCCAAUCGCUUAUCGCUGUAAUCGUUCAUAUUUAACCACGAGAAUAAAGUUAUUGGCUUCUUUCGCAAAGAACAACGAGGACACAAAGAG